UUUGGAUGAAGCUUUGUAAACUUUAUGACAUCACUGCAUGCAAAAUAUGGCACCAGCAGGGAGAAUGAGAGAGGGAUGUAGCUCACUGACAGGCACAGACCUUUCUAACAACAGGUGGAGGACACAGGUAAGCUCAUGUGUUGAGCUCAUGGAGUAGAUUCACUACCUACGCUCACACACUGGACUCGAAGAUGGACAUGACUGAUGAUAACCACAUGGAGGGGAUGGAGAUGGAGACAGAGAACAGGCAAACUAUGGAUAAUGACUUCACUGUCAGACUAUCAGAUGAGACACACCAACAUCUGAAAUUCAGUGAAGACCGUUCCAGCAGCUGUAAGGCGGUCAAAGUGAGAUCCAGACCCAAACUCGAGUCCACAAAAAGUUUCCCCCCUUACAGUCAGUGUAUAGGUGGACUCGGUGAGGACAAUGAGCUCAAUUCAGAAUCAAUGGAAAUGAGGGAAGACAAGAAUGAUGUCAUUCAAGGCACGGAAAGAAAGAACUUUGAAUUGAAUGCAAGAUGUGCAAGGGAUAAGGUGAAGGCAAAAUGGAGGAUGAGGAGGAAGGAGAGGCUAGGUGGGAGCUAUGAAGUUGAUGAAGACGGAUGGGAGAGGGCAAGGUGGAGCGGGAAAAGAAGGGUAGACGAGACUGGAAGAGAGAGGGAGCCUGAGGAUAAGGAAAGGGAAGGCUUAAACAGUGAGUGGAAACACUGGAGAGUUAAAAACUCCAGUUUUGAGAUAGAAAGAAAAGAAGAAGAGGAUGAAGAGAGGAGGAGAUCCCCCGUUUCAGCAGCAGAAGGAGAGAGCGAGGGGAGCGGGAAGACCCCAGAGGGAAACGAUGAGGAGGCCGAGGGCUCCACAACACAUCAGUGGUCAUCCCCACAUCCAAUCCUCUCCAAGCUUUUGCACUCCUCCACCUCCUCCUGCUCCUCCAUCAGCCUCUCAUCAGCAGAGAGCGAUGAGGUUUUCAGCGAAGGAGAGGAUGUUGACUCAAAGAGGAGGUCGUUCAGGAAGAGCCGCUCCUGGAAAACCUACCUGACCAUGAUGCACUGGUCGCUGCGGCGGCAGAGCUCCUGGGUCCAGCUCGCUGGACAUCAAGGUAACUUCCAGCUGAGUGAGGGAGGGGAGGUGUUGAAACUGUACAGUGAAGAGGAGGCAAAGUGCUUGGACAGCCUGAUGACAGACCUGCUGAGACCCUUUGUCCCACAAUACCACGGCUUAGUCACCAGGGGGGAGCACUGCUACAUCCGCCUGGAGGACCUACUGAGCGGCCUGAGGAGACCUGUCAUCAUGGACUGCAAGAUGGGAGUCAGGACAUACCAGGAGGAGGAACUGAUCACAGCUAAGUCCACUCUGCGGAGUGACAUGUACCAAAAGAUGAUGAAAAUAGACCCAACCGCUCUGUCGGCAGAGGAACACGCACAGAAAGGGGUGACCAAGUGUCGAUAUCUUCAGUGGAGGGAUACAACCAGUUCUACGUCCAUGCUGGGCUUCAGGAUAGAGGGCAUCAUGAUGGAGGACGGCAGUGUCCAACGGGACUUCAGGAAAAUUCUGACUUUAGCUCAGGUCACAGAGGCAUUGCUCUACUUCACCAGGAGUCAGCUGGACAUCCUGAAAGCGUACCACUCCAGACUCCUGGCCCUGAGUGAUGCACUGAAGAAUUCACUAUUUUUCAGAACCCAUGAAGUGAUUGGCAGCUCGCUUCUCUUUGUCCACGACCACAGCAACAAGGCCAGCGUGUGGAUGAUAGACUUUGGGAAGACGACCCCGGUGCCUGACACGAGCGAGCUCCGACAUAACAUCCCGUGGGCCGAAGGGAGCAGAGAGGACGGCUACCUCAUUGGUCUGACCUCGCUCAUCACUUCUCUGAGCCAGGCCAUCAGUGUGGCCUCCUGGCAGCAGGAGGACAGCUGUGGAGAAGAAAAUAGUGUUGCAUGAAGUACACUGACGGUUGUGGUGGAGACACCCUUUAAACAACACUCAAAUUCAGGAUCAGGUGGACAAAACAACUGUUGUUACACUUGGACAGGCUGAGGAAGAGAAACGAGGGAAUACAAUUCAGCUAAAAUUCAUAGAAAUGUGAUGUGGUCGUCUUCUAAUUGUAAUCUGGCAUGUGCAUACUGUAACAGUGGAAACAGUGUGUUGUUACAUAGACUUUUUCUAUUACUUUUGUUUUUAAAUUAUUCAUAAAGGACCAAAAACAAAUUUUCCUUGGGUUGGUCUGCAAAAAGUCAGAGAUCUCGCCUGUGUUGCAACAAAUGCUGAAGUUAUUUGUUUACAGCAGCAAAGGAAACCCAAUGAAUCAUACACACAAACACUCAAAUAUGGCUGAACAGCCUCAUGUUCUACCUGUUAUAAGUCUUAUCUUAAAACGACUAACCAUACAAAGAAACUAAAUAAUAUAUUGUAAAAAUAUAUGUUGUGAUAUUAUUAUUAUUAGGGAUUUGAAUUAUUUUCAUAUGAUGCAGCUGAAAUAUGUCUUUUCUGGUCUUAUAGGCUGUAUACAAUGAUACACCUUCACAUAGACAGUCCAAGCUAAGUGAAAUUAAUGAAUGAAUGCCUCUACCCGCUCAUUCUUCAAAUAUACACAUCAUUAAUACUGAUGAGACAUGAUAAUCCACCCCUAAAUUUUAUAUUAUCACCGAUAAGUUACAGACAUUUAAACUACAAACAGGGAAAAGAAAGAAAAAGAAAGAAAACAAACACGCUGUAUGGUACUGUAUCUGCUAAUCAAAACAUCACAAAUAAACUUAAACAGUAAGCUUCAAUCUCAGUACAAACUCAUGCUGUGCAGCCAAACAUUGUUCAAACACACAGAACUUCAGUGCAAAUGCAAAGUUUCCAAAGAUACUAAACAUGUGAGGGUGAAUUUUGGGGAACUGUAUAUAAAAGAAGACAAUAAAA